GAGCCCGUAGCACACAAAGGGGCGUGUCCAUACAGGGUGGAAAUAAAUAGGUUGCCCAGCUCUGCCGGUCCCCACUCACACCCGAAAGUCGUAAGACAGGAUUGAGGCAUCUCACAAACGAGGACUAGACCAACUCAGGCAAAAUGGUGAAAGUAGGUGUCAAUGGAUUCGGCCGUAUCGGGCGUCUGGUGACCCGUGCUGCAUUCCACUCCAAGAAGGGAGUUGAGAUUGUUGCCAUCAACGACCCUUUCAUCGACCUGGACUACAUGGUCUACAUGUUCAAGUAUGACUCCACCCACGGACGUUUCCAUGGUGAGGUCAAGGCUGAGGGUGGCAAGCUGGUCAUCGAUGGACACAAAAUCACUGUGUUCCAUGAGAGAGACCCAGCUAACAUCAAGUGGGGAGAUGCUGGUGCCACCUAUGUAGUUGAGUCAACAGGUGUCUUCACCACCAUUGAGAAGGCCUCUACCCAUCUGAAGGGUGGUGCCAAGAGGGUUGUCAUCUCCGCUCCCAGCGCUGAUGCACCCAUGUUCGUCAUGGGCGUCAACCACGAGAAGUACGAUAACUCCCUCAAGGUUGUCAGCAAUGCUUCAUGCACAACCAACUGCCUGGCUCCCCUGGCCAAGGUCAUCCACGAUAACUACCACAUCAUUGAGGGUCUGAUGAGCACUGUUCACGCCGUCACCGCCACCCAGAAGACUGUUGAUGGUCCUUCUGGAAAGCUGUGGAGGGAUGGACGUGGCGCCAGCCAGAACAUCAUCCCUGCCUCCACCGGAGCAGCCAAGGCUGUCGGCAAGGUCAUCCCCGAGCUGAACGGCAAGAUCACUGGCAUGGCCUUCCGUGUCCCCACCCCCAACGUCUCAGUGGUGGACCUGACCGUCCGUCUGGAGAAGCCUGCCAGCUACGACGCCAUCAAGAAGGUUGUCAAGGCUGCCGCCGAUGGACCCAUGAAGGGAAUUCUUGGAUACACGGAGCAACAGGUUGUCUCUUCAGACUUCAACGGCGACACCCACUCCUCCAUCUUUGAUGCCGGCGCUGGCAUUGCUCUGAACGACCACUUCGUCAAGCUGGUUACAUGGUAUGACAACGAGUUCGGCUACAGCAACCGCGUCAUUGACCUGAUGGCUCACAUGGCCACCAAGGAGUAACGCAACCAACCAACCAAACGCUACCGCACUACGUCACGUGACCACAUAUUUCCCAUUCGAUUGGACUAUCGCCCUUAACUUGCCUGAGAAAGUUACCCGCAUAAAAAAAUAACAAUCACAACUAUAUAAUUUAUUUUUGUAUUGUAAAGACCCUGUUCUGAUCUUGUGAAAGGUGAGAUGGGAUCUGGGUGUGAUGACAUUUUCUCUGUUUGUUGAACCUGCUUCAUUCAGAAGCGGAAUAAAAGUCCUCUGUGAGUAAA